AUGGGGUCUAAAUUGUUAAGUCUUUUGGCUAUUGCUACUUUUACUAUCUCUAGUAUUUCUGCUCAAGCACCAACAACAAAUCUGAUAAAUGGCCAAUGUGUUCAAAACUAUGAUGCUUCUAUUGAUUAUUUUCCCGAAAAAGUAGAGACAUCUAAUGAUAAAGGACAGUAUUUCUCGAUUGAAUAUCAUAAUAACUAUAAGAUUGUUAAAAACAGCAAUACUGGACAUACUUAUGUUCUUGUUCAAUGUGGGACCCCUGUUCCCACUCAUGUCACUAAUGAUACCGAAAUAUAUGAAAUUCCUAUUACAAAAGCAGGUAUUUUGGAAACGACAAUUGUUCCUUAUUUAGAGAUGAUAGGAGCUGCUAAAACAAUUUCACUUAUUGCUGAUGGUAGCUUGGUUUCAUCACCUUGCUUUCAAAAAUACUUGAAUUCAGGUGACAUCAGUCAAUUAUCUUCUACCAAUGUAACUUUACAAGCUGCACAACUUAAGAACGUUCAAGUCCAAUUUGGUGCCAAUCCUUAUACCAUCGUUCAUCCAGAUAUUAACAAUACCGUAGCAACAGCUCAAGCUUAUGAACCUGAUGUAUUAGGUCGUUCUUCUUGGAUUUCCUAUUAUGCAGCAUUCUAUAAUCUUGAAGCAGUAGCUAACCAUCUUACAAAAACGAUGAUUGACAAUUACAAUCGAUUAAAAGAAGCUGCUUCUCAUUACAAGACAAAACCUGUUGUUGCUUGGAUUCGUUAUGAUGCUCCUAAUCAAUACAAUAAUAACACUGCCUCAUAUAUGCUUAGCAAUGCUGCCUUCAAGGUUGUGCUUACACAAGAUGCAGGUCAGUAUAUGUAUAUAUAUGCUAUUAAAGAUGUAGAUAUUUUAAUUGAUGAAGCCUUCAUUGGAUCUAACAUGACUGCAUUUUUACGAAACUACAACAUAAGUAGCACUGAUCAAUCCAAAUAUAAAUUCCUAACAAAUAAGAAAGUGUAUCGUGAAGACGGUAUUUUAACAUUAGCGGGCGGUUAUGAUUGGUUUGAGACACCUGUUGUUAUGGCAGAUGCUUUAUUAGAAGAUAUGAUUAAUGCCAUCAAUCCUAGCGCCCCUAGUAGUAAUUAUCAACGCCAGUGGCUUCGUAAUAUAGCAUUAGGUGAGCCUAUCAAACGUAUUUUAAAUGAAAUAAAAGAUGUCAGUGAGGAUAAUACUGCGCCUUUAGCAGUGCAUGUUCUAGACGAAUCUAACAUUUAUCAUUUGAUUGGAUCUAUUACUGGACCACGCGAUACGCCUUAUGAAGGUGGCCUCUUUUUAUUAGAUAUUCAAUUAAGCGCUAAUCACCCAUUUUCUCCACCAAAAGUUAAAUUUAUAACUAAAGUCUAUCAUCCAAAUGUGAGCUCACAAACUGAUGUUUUAAAUGCCAAUUGGUCCCCUGUUAUGACAUUAAGAACUAUGCUUAUGUCCAUUCAAGCCUUAUUAGAUUCACCUGAUGCUUCUUCUCCUCAAGAUUAUCAAGUAGCCAAAGUCUAUACUAAUGACAAUGCAGGAUUUAUAGAAGAAGCGAAAUUAUGGACAAGAACAUAUGCUAAUACUUCAUUAGAUACAUAUAUUGCAUCUACUUUAAAAGAUGAAUAG